UGACCGAGGUGUGCUUGUCGCUGUUCGCGUGCAUAGAGAUGGCGUAUUACGGCUACUUGUACUCCAAGAUUGAGGACAAAGAACACUAUCAGAUAGCCACGGGGUUCGCAAAAUCCGGGAUGCUGAGCGGCACGUGUGUGGGUGGCCUCCUGGGUCAACUAGUAGUCUACUUCAAUGAUCGCAAUUACUCCGUUCUGCCAUACUACAGCCUCGCCUUYGUGACAUUUGCGACUGCAUGGGCAUGCUUCUUGCCAUCCGUCGGAAACAGCAAAACGUUCGUUCACACGCAAGACGUCCGUGGCAAAGUUUUCUCAAAUGCAACCAUCCGAGACCCAGGCAUAUCCAAGUACUCCUCAACCGAAAAAGCUGACACACCAAAUGUGAGCACWCAAGUGACAUUUGCAGACGAUGACGUCUGGUCAAAGUGGUAUUGUUUUAGUCUGAAAACAACCAUUAUAUUUUCGCCCGAGACGAUUAUCAAUAUUUAG